GCGUCAACAUGGCGUCCUGAGGAAGACAACACAGUCCGAGACUGCACUGUGCGCGGGUCGGCGUCAGAAGCGGAGGGGAGAGCAGCGAGAGAGGACCGUUGUGCCGAGCAUCAAGGAAAUCCGCGUUUCUUCCGGCGGGCGUGUGCGUCCCUCUGAACGGCUGCGAGGACACGCUGGAUUGCAGCACAGCUGUGCUCUGCUUCGCUGCAGUUUUGAUAGCAUCUUGUAUUUUGCUUCGGUUUCAUGCGGUUGCACAGUCGCUGGUGAUACAAAGCAGGUGAGACACAGAGGCGGCCGCUCCUUUUGCUUACGGGUGGAGAUGUCGAGCGAGAGACCGGUUUCAGCACCGGGUUCCGCCUCGCUCACGGACCGAGAAAGCCCACCGGGCUCUGGGCAGCAAGUCGCAGCGGGUUCUGUGGCCGGGGAAAUGAUGGUGUCCGGGUCGGGCUCCAUGGUGCUGCCGGCUGGGGUGAUCAACCCCUCGGUUCCGAUCCGGAAUAUCAAGAUGAAGUUCGCUGUGCUAAUUGGGCUGAUCCAGGUCGGGGAGGUCAGCAACAGAGACAUCGUCGAGACAGUACUGAAUCUGCUCGUCGGGGGCGAGUUCGACCUGGAGAUGAACUUCAUCAUCCAGGCGGCGGAGAGCAUCGCGUGCAUGGUGGAGCUGCUGGAGCACUGCGACGUCACGUGCCAGGCCGAGAUCUGGAGCAUGUUCACCGCUGUCCUGCGCAAGAGCGUGCGCAACCUGCAGACCAGCACCGAGGUGGGCCUAAUCCAGCAGGCCCUGCAGAAGAUGAGCGCCGUCGACGACAUGAUUGCAGAUCUCUUGGUGGACAUGUUGGGAGUCCUGGCCAGCUACAGCAUCACGGUGAAGGAACUGAAGCUGCUCUUCAGCAUGCUGAGGGGGGACAGUGGCGUUUGGCCGAGACACGCCAUCAAGCUGCUGUCCAUCCUGAACCAGAUGCCACAGAGACAUGGCCCAGACACCUUCUUUAAUUUCCCAGGGCGCAGUGCAGCGGCUAUCGCUUUGCCUCCCAUUGCUAAGUGGCCUUACCAGAAUGGUUUUACCCUCAACACGUGGUUCCGUAUGGACCCUCUCAACAACAUCAACGUAGACAAGGACAAACCCUACCUGUACUGCUUCCGGACCAGCAAAGGGAUCGGCUACUCGGCCCAUUUUGUGGGAAACUGCCUGAUCGUGACGUCGCUGAAGUCCAAGGGGAAGGGCUUCCAGCACUGCGUGAAGUACGACUUCCAGCCUCGGAAGUGGUACAUGAUCAGCAUCGUGCACAUCUACAACCGCUGGAGGAACAGCGAAAUCCGUUGCUACGUCAACGGGCAGCUGGUCUCCUAUGGCGACAUGGCCUGGCACGUCAACACCAAUGAUAGCUAUGAUAAAUGUUUCCUGGGCUCGUCGGAGACGGCCGACGCCAACCGCGUCUUCUGCGGGCAGCUGGGAGCCGUCUACGUGUUCAGCGAGGCCCUCAACCCCGCCCAGAUCUUCGCCAUCCAUCAGCUGGGACCCGGCUAUAAGAGCACCUUUAAGUUCAAGUCGGAGAGCGACAUCCACCUGGCGGAGCACCACAAACAGGUGCUGUAUGAUGGUAAACUGGCCAGCAGCAUAGCUUUCACCUACAACGCCAAGGCCACGGACGCUCAGCUCUGCCUGGAGUCGUCUCCCCGCGAGAACGCCUCCAUCUUCGUCCACUCGCCGCACGCCCUCAUGCUCCAGGACGUGAAGGCCAUCGUCACCCACUCCAUCCACAGCGCCAUUCACUCCAUCGGUGGUAUCCAGGUCCUCUUCCCCCUCUUUUCUCAGCUGGACUACCGGCAGCCCAACGACAGCCCCGUGGAGACCACCGUGUGUGCCACUCUCCUGGCCUUCCUGGUGGAGUUGUUGAAGAGUUCAGUAGCCAUGCAAGAGCAGAUGUUGGGGGGGAAGGGUUUCCUUGUCAUCGGCUACCUGCUGGAGAAGUCUUCUCGUAUGCACAUCACCCGGGCUGUCCUGGAGCAGUUCCUGUCUUUCGCCAAGUAUCUGGACGGCCUCACCCACGGAGCGCCCCUCCUAAAGCAGCUGUGUGACCACGUGCUGUUCAAUGCAGCCAUCUGGAUCCACACGCCCGCCAAGGUGCAGCUCUCCCUGUACACCUACCUGUCAGCAGAGUUCAUUGGCACGGCCACCAUCUACACAACCAUCAGGCGUGUGGGCACUGUGCUACAGCUCAUGCACACGCUCAAGUACUACUACUGGGCCAGCAACCCACUGGAGAGCAGUGGUAUCACACCCAAAGGGCUCGAUGGCCCACGGCCCACCCAGAAGGAGAUCAUCUCUCUGCGUGCCUUUAUGCUUCUCUUCCUCAAACAGCUCAUCCUGAAGGACCGAGGGGUGAAGGAGGAUGAAUUACAAAGCAUUCUGAAUUACCUGCUAACCAUGCAUGAGGAUGAGAACAUCCACGACGUCCUGCAGCUCCUGGUGGCCCUCAUGUCCGAGCACCCAGCCUCCAUGAUCCCAGCGUUCGACCAGCGCAACGGAAUACGGGUCAUCUACAAGCUCCUGGCCUCCAAGAGCGAGAGCAUUCGCGUGCAAGCACUCAAGGUCUUGGGCUACUUCCUGAAGCACCUCGGACACAAGAGGAAAGUGGAGAUCAUGCACACCCACAGUCUCUUCACACUGCUGGGAGAGAGAUUAAUGAUGCACACCAACACUGUGACAGUCACCACCUACAACACACUCUAUGAGAUUCUCACAGAGCAGGUGUGCACGCAAGUGAUCCACAAGCCACAUCCUGAGCCCGACUCCACCGUCAAGAUCCAGAACCCCAUGAUUCUGAAGGUGGUAGCCACACUGUUGAAGAACUCCACUCCCAGUGCUGAGCUCAUGGAGGUGCGACGACUCUUCCUGUCCGACAUGAUCAAGCUGUUCAGCAACAGUAGAGAGAACAGGCGGUGUCUACUGCAGUGCUCCGUCUGGCAGGACUGGAUGUUCUCUCUGGGCUACAUCAACCCUAAGAACCCCGAGGAGCAGAAGAUCACGGAGAUGGUCUACAACAUCUUCCGCAUCCUGCUGUACCACGCCAUCAAGUACGAGUGGGGCGGCUGGCGUGUCUGGGUGGACACCCUCAGCAUCGCCCACUCCAAGGUAACGUAUGAAGCCCAUAAAGAGUAUCUGGCUAAGAUGUACGAGGAGUACCAGCGGCAGGAGGAGGAGAACAUCAAGAGAGGCAAGAAAGGCUCGGUGAGCACCAUCUCGGGACUCUCGGCACAGCCGACCGCCGUCAACGGUGGCCUGGAGAUCCGUGAGAUAGACGAUACGUCUCAGACGCAGACGCCCGAGAGCGAGGCCGACUACAGCGAGGGAGCCGACUCCCACAACCUGCUGGCCGAUGGCAAGGUCCCGGAGGGCGAGGCGGAGCGGGGCGUGCCGGGCGUGCGGGUGGAGGUGCACGACCUGCUCGUGGACAUCAAGGCGGAGAAGGUGGAGGCCACCGAGGUGAAGCUGGACGACCUGGACCUGUCGCCGGAGACGCUGGGCGGGGGCGGAGGGGUGGAGAACGGCCCCCUGGUGGAGGUGGACUCGCUGCUGGACAGCGCCUACUGCGCGGCCGUGCACAAGCUGAACGGCAGCUUGCCUCCCAAGGAGGAGGAGCCGAGGACGACGGCGGGGGGUGUGGCCGAAGACGACGCCAACCUGGGCCCGCUGAUCACGCUCGCGGACGAGAAGGACAGCGUGCCCAGCAACAACGGCUUCCUGUUUCCCAAGAGCGAUGAGAAGCUGCUUCCUUCACCGGCGCCGGCUGAGCCGCUGGGGUUGCCGGGCGCGGGGCAGGCCGUGUGCACGCCGGCCGCCGUUGCCGCCGACGACCUCAGCCUGCUGGCCCACAUGACGUCGUGCGGCGCCGAGCCGGGGCCCGGGCCCGGCCCGCUGCCCGAGGACGAGGCCUUCAAACUGCAGGACUCGCUUGCCGACAUCAGCACGCUGGCCGAGGCCGAGGCGCAGGCCUCCGUUGCCGGGGGAGACCGCCCUGAGGUCGGGGCGGUGGACGCGGGCGUGACCAAGAGCGGAGACGCCGUCAGCACCGCGUCGGACACAGAGCGUUCUGAUGACGGCAAAGACAAAGAGAUGAAGAAGAUCCAGACGACGGCCACCACACAGGCCCUGCACGGCCGCUCGGCCAGCCAGAUGGAGCGGGACCUACGGGUCGACCUGGGCUUCCGGGGCAUGCCCAUGACCGAGGAGCAGAGACGGCAGUUCAGCCCAGGCCCGCGCACCACGAUGUUCCGCAUCCCGGAAUUCAAGUGGUCGCCUAUGCACCAGCGACUGCUCACAGACCUGCUCUUCGCCCUGGAGACGGACGUGCACGUGUGGCGGAGCCACUCGACUAAAUCAGUCAUGGACUUCGUGAACAGUAACGAGAACAUUAUAUUUGUGCACAACACCAUCCACCUCAUUUCUCAGAUGGUUGAUAACAUCAUCAUCGCCUGUGGAGGGAUCCUGCCCUUGCUCUCUGCCGCCACGUCGCCUACCAGCUCUAAGGUUAGUGCGAACCCUACGGAGCUGGAGAAUGUGGAGGCCACGCAGGGCAUGUCGUCGGAGACGGCUGUCACCUUCCUCAGCAGACUCAUGGCCAUGGUUGAUGUGCUGGUGUUCGCCAGCUCGCUCAACUUCAGCGAGAUUGAGGCCGAGAAGAACAUGUCAUCUGGGGGACUGAUGCGCCAAUGUCUACGGCUGGUGUGUUGUGUGGCUGUGAGGAACUGUCUGGAGUGCAGGCAGAGGCAGAGAGACAGAGGCAGCAAGACUGUGCUGCCCAUGAGCAAGACCCAGGAGAGCCUUCAGAGUGCUGUGGCUGCCAGCAAGAGUGCCAUAGCGAAUGUCCCUCGUAACCUGUCUCCCAUCAAGGACCCUGACAGACUGCUGCAGGACGUGGACAUCAACCGUCUACGAGCCGUUGUCUUCAGAGAUGUGGAUGACAGUAAGCAGGCCCAGUUCCUGGCACUAGCUGUAGUCUACUUCAUCUCUGUCCUUAUGGUGUCCAAGUACCGGGACAUCCUUGAGCCGCAGAGGGAGAUAGGCAGGUCCAGCAGCCUAUCAGGAAGGAGCAUUCGACAAGAAAUUAAUUCCCCCACCAGCACAGAAAAUCCGUCCUCCUUCUCGGACGCCGGGCGUGGAGAGCGCCCCCUGGAGGACCUCCCGCUGGAGGGUUCACUGCCUCACACCGACUCCGGCAUUGGCGACGAGUCGGUGGGCGCUGCCCUGAACGGCUCAGAGCUGGGUAGCGACGUCCCCGUGGGCCCCGCCCCGCCCGGCCCAGACGCCAUGAGCGAGCUGCUCUGCACGCUGUCGUCGGAGGUGCGCAAGUCCCGUGAGUCGCUCCUGGAGUCUCCGCCCGGGCCGGACGUCCUCAAGCCGGCUGCGUCCAUCUCCAGCAUCAGCCAGGCCAACAAGGGCAUCAACGUGAAGGAGAUCCUCAAGAGCCUGGUGGCGGCACCGGUAGAGGGCGCCGAGGCAGGGCCCGAGCCCCAGCCCUACCACCCCGACCCGGCCCUGAAGAGGGAGGCCGCGGCCGUGCUGCCCAUGCAGUUCCACUCCUUCGACAGGAGUGUGGUGGUGCCAGUGAAGAAGCCUCCUCCUGGUAGCAUGGCAGUGAACACGGUGGGCACCCCCCCCACCAGUACCAUGCCCUCCUCCGGCAGUACACCCAACAUCUUUGCUGCUGCCACCGCCACACCUAAGAGCAUGAUCAACACGACAGGUGCCACAGACUCCGCCUCUUCCUCCUCCUCCUCCUCCUCCAGCUUCGUGAACGGCGCCACGAGCAAGAACCUGCCCGCCGUGCAGACUGUGGCCCCCAUGCCCGAGGACACGGUGGAAAACAUGAGUGCCUUUGGUGAAGUGGGCCAGUGUCCACUGAGAACUGGGCUGACUCCUCCAGAGCUCAAAUCCUUUAGCUCGCUGGCAGGAUUCCACACAGCUCCCAGAGGGGCAGGAGAGUUUCUUAGUAUAACCACUAAGCUGGAGCGGGCCCUGGAGAAGGUGGCCCCGUUGUUGCGGGAGAUCUUUGUGGACUUUGCCCCGUUCCUGUCCCGCACCCUGCUUGGCAGCCACGGCCAGGAGCUGCUCAUUGAAGGUACAGGUCUGGUGUGUAUGAAGUCCAGCACGUCGGUGGUGGAACUGGUCAUGCUGCUGUGCUCACAGGAGUGGCAGAACUCUAUCCAGAAGAACGCGGGCCUGGCCUUCAUCGAGCUCAUCAACGAGGGCAGGCUCUUGUGUCAUGCCAUGAAGGACCAUAUUGUGCGAGUGGCCAAUGAAGCAGAGUUCAUCCUCAACAGACAGAGGGCUGAAGAUGUCCACAAGCAUGCUGAGUUUGAGUCAAACUGCGCCCAGUACGCCGCCGAUCGCAGGGAGGAAGAGAAGAUGUGCGAUCACCUGAUCAGCGCAGCCAAGCACAGGGAUCACGUGACCGCCAAUCAACUGAAGCAGAAGAUCCUCAACAUCCUGACCAAUAAGCACGGCGCGUGGGGCACCGUGUCCCAGAGCCAGCUGCAGGAUUUCUGGCGUCUGGACUACUGGGAGGAUGACCUGCGGAGGAGGCGGAGAUUCGUGCGCAAUGCCUUUGGCUCCACCCACUCGGAUGUGUCACUCAAGUCCCUGGAGGAUUAUGGCCCUGAGGAAGAGGAGGGCAUGAAGUCGAAGAAGACGUUCCGGAGCCAGUCGGUGGUCAGCCAGAACCCGGAGACGGAGCUGAUGCUCGAGGGGGAUGACGAUGCAGUCAGUCUCCUGCAGGAGAAGGAGAUCGACAAUCUUGCAGGUCCUGUGGUUCUGAGCACAGCUGCCCAGCUGGUGGCUCCCGUUGUUGUUGCCAGGGGAACGCUGUCAAUCACCACCACAGAGAUUUAUUUCGAGGUGGAUGAGGACGAUCCCACCUUCAAGAGGAUAGACGCAAAGGUGCUGGCAUACACUGAGGGGCUCCAUGGGAAAUGGAUGUUCAGUGAGAUCAGAGCUGUGUUCUCCAGACGUUACCUGUUGCAGAACACCGGCCUGGAGGUCUUUAUGGCAAACAGAACAUCCGUCAUGUUUAACUUCCCGGACCAGGCUACGGUCAAAAAGGUGGUGUACAGUUUACCGCGAGUGGGUGUAGGCACCAGCUAUGGCCUACCUCAGGCAAGGCGAAUCUCGCUGGCCACGCCCCGUCAGCUCUUCAAGUCCUCGAACAUGACCCAGCGAUGGCAGAGGCGGGAGAUCUCCAACUUCGAGUACCUGAUGUUCCUCAACACCAUCGCAGGGAGAACGUAUAACGACCUGAACCAGUAUCCGGUCUUCCCCUGGGUCCUCACUAACUACGAGUCUGAAGAGCUGGACCUCACACUGCCUGGCAACUUCAGGGACCUGUCCAAGCCAAUCGGAGCCUUGAAUCCAAAGCGGGCGGCGUUUUAUGCGGAGCGUUACGAGACGUGGGAGGAGGAUGGAACCCCACCGCAUCACUACACCUCUCUCUACUCCACUGCCGCCUCCACCUUGCUCUGGCUCCACAGAAUAGAGCCUUUCACUACGUUUUACUUGAACGGGAAUGAGAACAAGUUUGACCACCCAGACCGAACGUUCUCGGGCAUCAUGCGCUCCUGGAGGAGCUGUCAGAGGGACACCUCUGAUGUUAAGGAGUUGAUCCCAGAGUUCUACUACCUCCCAGAGAUGUUUGUGAACAGUAACAGCUAUGAGCUGGGCGUGAGAGAGGACCGCGUACCCGUCUGCGACGUGGAGCUGCCCACUUGGGCCAAAAAACCCGAGGACUUUGUUCGGAUCAACAGGAUGGCUCUGGAGAGCGAGUUUGUCUCGUGCCAGCUCCACCAGUGGAUCGACCUCAUCUUCGGCUACAAGCAGAGAGGUCCGGAGGCCGUGCGGGCUCUCAACGUGUUCCACUACGUGUCCUACGAGGGCUCUGUCAACCUGGACACCAUCACGGACCCGCUGCUCCGAGAGUCCAUGGAGGCUCAGAUCCAGACAUUUGGGCAGGUCCCCUCACAGCUGUUGAUUGAGCCCCAUCCUCCGCGCAGCUCAGCCAUGCACCUGUGUUUCCUUCCUCAGAGUCCGCUCAUGUUCAAGGACCAGAUGCAGCAGGACGUGAUCAUGGUGCUGAAGUUUCCGUCCAACUCGCCUGUGACGCACGUGGCCGCCAACACGCUGCCGCACCUGAGCGUCCCCGCUGCUGUCACAGUCACCUGUAGCCGCCUGUUCGCCGUCAACCGCUGGCACAACACAGUGGGUCUCCGAGGGGCCCCAGGAUACUCGCUGGAGCAGGCUCAUCACCUGCCUAUAGAGAUGGAUCCUCUGAUUGCCAAUAACUCCGGGGUGAAUAAAAGGCAAAUCACUGACCUGGUGGACCAGAGCAUUCAGAUCAACACCCACUGUUUCGUGGUCACUGCUGACAAUCGCUACAUCUUGGUCUGCGGCUUCUGGGACAAGAGCUUUCGAGUGUACUCCACCGAAACAGGCAAGCUGACCCAGAUCGUGUUCGGCCACUGGGAUGUGGUGACCUGCCUGGCGCGCUCCGAGUCCUAUAUCGGCGGCGACUGCUACAUCGUGUCAGGCUCUCGAGACGCCACGCUGCUGCUGUGGUACUGGAGCGGACGGCACCACAUCAUUGGAGACAAUCCCAACAACAGUGAUUACCCUGCGCCACGGGCUGUUCUAACCGGUCACGACCACGAGGUUGUGUGUGUGUCUGUGUGUGCCGAGCUGGGACUGGUUAUUAGCGGAGCCAAAGAGGGCCCAUGCUUGGUGCACACCAUCACGGGAGACCUGCUGCGUGCCCUCGAGGGCCCGGAGAAGUGCCAGAAGCCGCGGCUCAUCUCCGUGUCCAGCGAGGGCCACUGCAUCAUCUACUACGAGAGGGGCCGCUUCUGCAACUUCAGCAUCAACGGCAAGCUGCUCGCCCAGAUGGAGGUCAACGACGCCACUCGAGCUAUCCUGCUGAGCAGCGACGGGCAGAACCUGGUGACCGGCGGCGAUAACGGUGUGGUGGAGGUGUGGCAGGCCUGCGACUUUAAGCAGCUCUACAUCUACCCAGGCUGUGAUGCUGGCAUUAGGGCCAUGGACCUGUCCCACGACCAGAGAACUCUGAUCACUGGGAUGGCAUCUGGGAGCAUUGUGGCAUUCAAUAUUGAUUUCAACCGCUGGCACUAUGAGCACCAGAACAGAUACUGAGGGUGAACACAGGAGAGGGCAGACAGAUGGAGGGGUGGGGGGUGGGAGAGAGAGAGCGAGAGAGCAGGAGGGCAUUGUGAAAACCCAGACAGCCUAGUCUACAGGCUGCUGGCCAACGUUCAGCUAGGAGUAUUCAUCCUGAGCUCUACUCCAGUAGUCAGUUGUGAGGUUUGAGGGAAUGCUGAACAUAACGAAACUCGGGAAGAGAAACGGGACUGUACGACUCUGGAAAAAGACGACAACCUUAAGACUUAACUCCGCUGUUACCUAGAACCUUAGGAUCGGUUUUUCUGCUCCCCUGUUUGACAGUAGGUCACCAGAAGUCCUCGUGCUUGCAGACUGUGAACAUAACCCGAACCGAACACAACCCCCCAAGCACUCGCGUGCCUGGACCGGGAGUGUCUCAUACCACAAGCUGCCCUCCAAGACAUCUUUGAGGUGAACCACCGAGCAACAAACACCAAGAAUGCUUUUUAUUUACAUUAUAGCCGGCAGGGUUAGGGGGGGCUGGGCAGUGAGAGCCAAAGCACGAAGCUGAACAUAGUCCCUGUAAAUAGGAAGUGAGUCCUGGCCAGCGGCAGACGCAGCUCCUCUCUGGGGGGAGGCCUUGCUCCCCUCACACUCCCUUGUGCGGAUGGUUCCAUCACCUUUAAGUUGUUAAUGAUUUGCUUUAUGUAAAAUAUUGUGUAUUAAUAAUGACAUGAUGGCGCUUUCGGUGAUGACGGUGAUGUGAGAUGAGUGCAGCUCAGAGGUGACGUCCUAUCAGAAAACGGCCUUCGUUUUCCUCUUUGUAUAUUUGGUAAUUGUUUUGUCAUAUAUGUACAUAAUGUGAUGGCUAAGGCAGGUAGGCAUGCAAGAGGGACUUCAUGGAGCGCAAAAAAACAAAAAAAGUUUAAAAAUAAAAGUAACCCACCCUCUCUCACACACACAUUUGCUAAUUAUUUCUGAUUAAAAAAAAAAUAUACAAUUAUGUUGAAGUUUUUGUAUUGGCACUUUGCACCAAAAACAUGCCAUAAUUUCUUAGUGCGAUGACUUUAUUUUUGCUCUACAGCCACAUUUAGGCCCAUUCCCCCAUUGUAUGAUUUGUGCAUUGAUGUUUGUUGUAUUUGAUCAAUAUUAAAAUCAUGUGUAAUGAUUCUGUUGUAAAACCACAAACCACAGUAAGCAAUAUCAUAACGUUGUAGCUGGGAGAGGAGUAGAAAUCAUAAGACUUUUCAGGAGCAAAGUUUGGUUUAUACAAGUAUUAAGAUAUUUAGAAUACAUUAUACACUUAAAUAUAAAGCGGUUUCUUUCUUCCCCUUAACCCCUCGAGAAAAGUUUGAGAAUAUUUUUGAAUCUACACUAUGAUACUGAAAUCUAAUGUAUCUGUUUUCUUGCAAACAUGUAAAUGACAUGAGUCGGUUUAAAGUUACAAAAAUAAGAAAUGAAACAUAAUAAAUUAUGCAAAGAGA